UAUCAGCGCGCACAAUGCAGGCUUAGGUAGCCCUUGUUUGUUGGGUGUGGCCUAGCUGAUCUGAGCUGGGGCGAGCUGAUCGGCAGGCGGCAGAAAGCGAGAGCGAGAGCGAAGCUCGGAGGGGAGGAGGAGAGAUCGUCAUGGGGAGGGGACGAGUUGAGCUGAAGCGGAUCGAGAACAAGAUCAACCGUCAGGUGACCUUCUCCAAGCGCCGCAACGGCCUGCUCAAGAAGGCCUACGAGCUCUCGGUGCUCUGCGACGCCGAGGUCGCGCUCAUCAUCUUCUCCAGCCGCGGCAAGCUCUACGAGUUCGGCAGCGCCGGAAUAACUAAGACAUUAGAAAGGUACCAACAUUGCUGCUACAAUGCUCAAGAUUCCAAUGGCGCCCUCUCUGAAACUCAGAGUUGGUACCAGGAAAUGUCAAAACUGAGGGCAAAAUUCGAGGCUUUGCAGCGCACUCAAAGGCACUUGCUUGGGGAGGACCUUGGCCCACUCAGCGUCAAGGAACUGCAACAGCUAGAGAAACAGCUUGAAUGUGCUUUAUCACAGGCGAGGCAGAGAAAGACACAACUUAUGAUGGAGCAAGUGGAGGAGCUUCGCAGGAAGGAGCGUCACCUGGGAGAAAUGAACAGGCAACUCAAGCACAAGCUCGAAGCUGAAGGAUGCAGCAACUACAGAACCUUGCAGCAUGCCGCCGCCUGGCCAGCUCCCGGCGGCACCAUCGUGGAGCAUGACGGCGCCACAUAUCAUGUGCAUCCGCCUGCUCACUCAGCUGCCAUGGAUUGUGAACCCACUCUGCAGAUCGGGUAUCCUCAGCAUCAGUUUCUGCCUUCUGAGGCAGCCAAUAAUAUUCCACGCAGCGCUCCCGGAGGCGAGAACAACUUCAUGCUGGGAUGGGUUCUUUGAGUUCCACUGCAGAUCCAUCCAUCCAUCCAUCCAUCAGAUGAAAAUUGCAACAAAUAAAAGGCGUAUUCGGCGCUAUA